AUGGCCUCCUCGCACGACGGCGUCCGCUUCGAGAAGCUCGCCUCCAGGCGGAGCUCGCCGAAACCGUCCCUCGAUUCUCACCGUGCGUCCGCCCCGCACGACGCCGACGAUGAUGACGAUGAGGCCUUCGCCCUUCUUUCCGGGGACGUCUCCUCGCUUUCCGACAACGACAACAUCGAGCUGGACGACCUCGGCUCCGUUGACAGCCCCCAUGCUUCCUCCAGCCUGGGACACGAUCGGCCGGGCCACACGCGCGGCCUUCACGAAGCCGAGGGAUGGAUCCAGGAUGCGAUCGACGCCGAGCGAAGCCUCACGCGCCGGGAAGCCAUCCGUGCGUAUCCUAUGGCCAUCUUUUGGAGUUUGAUGGUGUCUUUGUGUGUGAUUAUGGAGGGCUACGACACUAUCCUCAUCAGCAGCUUCUUCGCUCACCCCGAGUUCUCCAAGAAGUACGGCGACAUAAAGGACAGCCUUGGCCGCGACCAGCUGUCGCCCAUGUGGCAGGCGAUCCUCGGGAACAGCAGCACCUUUGGCUGCAUCAUCGGCGUCCUCGCCAACGGCUUCAUCGUCGAGCGGCACGGGCAAAAGGCCGCCCUCGUCGGCUCCCUGUGCGUGCUGUCCGGCUGCAUCUUCAUCACCUUCUUCGCCGUCGACAAGAUCAUGCUCAUGUUGGGCCAGAUCGCCUGCGGCCUGCCCUGGGGCGUCUUUGCUUCCUCGGCCCCGGCCUACGCGUCCGAAGUCCUCCCGCUCGCCCUGCGCGUCUACCUGACCACCUGGACCAAUAUGUGCUUCAUCAUCGGACAGCUCAUAUCCGCCGCCGUCCUCGCCGGCCUGCUGCCCCGGCGGGACGAGUGGUCCUUCCGCAUCCCCUUCGCCCUGCAGUGGUCCUGGCCGGUGCUCCUCGUCCCGGUGCUGCUGUUCGCGCCCGAGUCCCCGUGGCACCUCGUGCGGGCCGGCCGGCUCGACGAGGCGGAGCAGGCGCUAUCCCGCCUGCAGAGACGCAAGGUGAGCAGCCUGGACGCCAAGGCCCGGCUGCGGGAGAUUGUCGAGACGGACCGGUUGGAGCAGGCCCACCAGACGGGGACCAGCUACUGGGACUGCUUCCGGGGCGUCGAGCGGCGCCGGACGGAGAUCGCCUGCGUCGCCUUCGCGGGGCAGGUGCUCUCUGGCUCGACGUUCGCGUACAACUCGGUUUACUUCUUUCAGCAGGCCGGCCUGAAGCCGCAGGACAACUACGAUCUCAACGUAGGCGGGACGGCGCUGGCCCUGGUCGGAACCGCCGUCAACUGGGUGGCGCUGAUGCCGUAUUUCGGCCGGCGCCGCAUCUACCUCUGGGGCAUGGCCAGCAUGGCCGCCAUCCUGUUCUUCAUCGGCGUCCUCGACCAGAUCGCACGUGCGCCGGGCGCGGCGGCGGCGGCGGGGCCCAUCGGCUGGGUCCAGGCCUGCCUCACACUCGUCUGGACCUUCACGUUCCAGCUGUCCGUGGGCCAGCUCGGGUGGGCAAUCCCUGCCGAGGUCGGCUCGACGCGGCUCCGCCAGAAGACCAUCUGCGUCGCGCGCUUUACGUACUACAUCGUCGGCCUGCUGGCCAGCACCGUUCAGCCGUAUCUGAUGAACCCGACCGCCUGGAACCUCAAGGGGACGACGGGGUUCGUCUGGGGCGGCUCGGCGUUCGCCACCUUCGUCUGGGCUUACUUCCGGCUUCCCGAGACCAAGGGGCGCACGUACGAGGAGCUGGACUUCCUCUUCCACAACAACGUUCCGACCAGGGACUUUGAGAGCACCGAGGUGGAAAUCUUUGACGGCGGCGAGAAGAUCUUGUCUCCUCCUUCUCCUUGA